ACCAUAGAGAAAGCUCUCUAAUUUAGUUUGGACCGACUUAAGGACCCCUAGGAGACAAAGCAACCACCGAUUGCGAAAAUCGUCAUCACGCGUUGUUCCAAAACUCCCGGUCAGACGCCCGGACGUCGAGCUGAAGCUGAGACCGGAGUGACGGGGCAAGGAGGAGAAAGAAGAGGAGAAGGAUGUCGGCCUCGCAAGUCGAUCCGCACGACAAGAAGAGGUCGAGAGACGUCAACAAAGUGGCCAAAGGCGAGCAGGUGCCUCGCCCCGCCCACGACCCCAGCACCGUCUCGCGACCCCCUCCUCCUAAACAAGUGGACGAGGAACUCUCCAAGCCUAAGGGAUCCGCUCAUUCCGAUGACGGCAAAAGCAGUGAACCGGGCAAAUGGAGCGAGGAGGAGGAGGAGGAGGAAGAGGUGAUAGUUCUUGAAACGGCACCGUUGGACAUGCGCUUCCCCUUUGCUAACCAAACGCGUCACUGUUAUGCGCGGUAUCUGGAGUACCUCAGGCGCAUCCAAGAGAAGGGCAAGGAUGCUCCGGAAUGCGAGAAAUUCGCGAAAUACUACCGGUCACUAUGCCCUUCCGAAUGGAUUGAGAGGUGGAAUGAACAAAGAGAACAGGGCACAUUCCCUGGUCCAAUCUAAGGGGGCUCU